CCUGUUUUCGUCAGCCUGGACCAGCUUUUAAGCGGCAGGCCCGCACCUCGUUGCGGUGAUUGGCUCUCAGGGUUUCCGUCUGGCAGCCCAACUGAGGCGACGUGCUCUUGUAGCAUACGCAGAGAAAGCCGUCAGGCAAUAACGUUCAGCUACAGUAUCGUGCCGACUGCAGUUCGCUGCAAGUCAUGGAGUCGUCGGUGCGCCACCUCGCUCACACGUUUCACUCGUGGUUCCCUCCGCGCGACAGCGUCGCCGAGGGUUGGCCACUUGCCGGCAAUCCCGUGUCCAUCGCACUCAUCACGGCCACCUACGUCUACUUCGUCACCGCGGCCGGACCAAGAUGGAUGUCCAGCCGCAAGGCGUUCGACCUGAGACGCUGCAUUCUCCUGUACAACCUGUUCACCACCUUCUUCAGCGCGUACUUCUUGUGCCGCUUCUUGAAGCUCGGCUACUGGGACCUCGGCUACACGUUCCUCCAGGACAUGGACCGGAGCGACUCGCCCGCCAGCCUCGAGAUCAAGCGCCUCUCGUGGUGGCUGUACGUGUUCAAGCUCGUCGAGCUCUCGGACACCGUGUUCUUCGUGCUGCGCAAAAACAACCGCCAGGUCAGCACGCUGCACGUCGUGCACCACGUGAUCGUGUCGUGGAACAUGUGGCUGAACGUGACGUACGGAGCGCAGGCGCAGGCCAUGUUCAUCGCGUGCCUGAACUCGUUCGUGCACGUGUUCAUGUACGCCUACUACUUCCUGGCGGCGCUCGGUCCGGCGUUCAGGAAGUACUUGUGGUGGAAGAAAUACCUGACCAUGAUGCAGAUUUCUCAGUUCGUCAUACUGUUUGCGCAUGCCAUCGGCAUGGUGUUAGCCGAGGGCAACUAUGUCGUGUUCUUUGUGUGGAUAGAGUUCGCGGAAGCGGUGUUGUUCUUCGUUUGGUUUAUGGCCUUUUACUCGAAUGCAUAUAAAAAGAGUGCCUAGGUUCGUCGAUGGUUACGGAAGUCGUGUUCUAAAGCUUAAAGCAUUCAAGUGCAGGGAAGCAGCUAUAACAGUUGUAUGGUCUUAACUAACUCGCCCUCUUCUUUAUGAUCUUCCGAUAUUAUGAACGAGAGAGAUGGGACUUUUUUCCUUUCAUAUGUAAAGCCACUGCUGCACUUCAUCUCGUUUUUAAUAUACAGAACAUAGAGUGACAUUUGGCUAGUACAAAAAAACAAAACAAAACAAAAACACUUGAGCCCAUGAGUGCAAAGACAGACAGAGAGAGAGAGAAUCUAGAUACCAGAGCCAUUGUCGAAAACAAUAUGUUAAAUGUGACCUUGAUGCCGUACAUUACUGGUUGAGUACUUUAUCAUAUAUAAUAUAAGUGACACCGAACUCUCGAAAGGCGUGCUUUACCCCCGACCUCUGCAUGGAUUGUUGCGGCUGAUUUUAUCAUUGGAAAGAGGGAAAUACUUAGAAAGCAGUACAGAGAUGACUAUGGCACUGGCUUCAAGCUGACAACCGCCGAGGCCGAAGAUGCAGCGUCGUGAGUCCAUAUCUUCUUGUCGAGGAGUUACACGCUGGACGUGUUCCCCUCUUCUGUAAAUACGGCAUACGAUGGCUCACGAAACUUGCAAAUGUCUUUAUUUUACAUGGAAGUUUGUAUCAUCGUCACAAUUUGCUUGUAAAUAAAAAAAAAAGGGGGAUUUAUU